AUGGAAAGAAAUAAGAAAAGGAAUUUAAGUAACGAUGAAGAAAAUGCCAUAAAAUCUUUAUCAAAUGACUAUUCUAUUGUUAUCAAAGAAGCAGACAAGGGAGGAGCUGUGGUGAUUAUGGAUGCCGAUUAUUACAAAAGUAAAGUCAUGGAAAUGCUUUCCAACAGAGAAUUUUAUAAUGAAAUUCCGGAAAAGCAAGGUAAGAAGAUAAUCCAGAAAGUGAAACAUCUUCUAAAAAAACACAAAUCUACUUCGUCCCUGACAAAGAAAGAAACGGAAUUUUUGACAGACUUUGAUUUCAUAGAAAGUGUUUUCUAUGGCCUUCCUAAAGUUCACAAGUCAAAAAGCAUUAGAGAAGCAAUAGAUGCACAGAUAUCCGAUUACAUUACAUGUCUCAAACCAGAGGAUCUUACAUUCAUACCUAUAGUGGGAGGACCUAUAUCUCCAACACAACACCUUAGUCAACUCCUUGAUAUCCUCUUAAAACCUUUAUGCACAGAAGUGAAAAGUUAUGUUAGAGAUGACUUAGAUUUUUUGAGACAUCUACCGGACAAAAUUCUUCCUAGUGAAACAUUAGUUACAAUGGAUGUAACAAACUUAUAUACUAAUAUAAUUAGUACACUAGGUCUUAAAGCCUUGAAAUACUGGAUUGACAAGCAUCCAGAAAAAAUAAAUUACCGAUUCACAAAAGAUUUCAUCUUAGAAGCCACAGAAAUAGUAUUAAAGAACAAUACUUUUUCUUUUUGUGAUAAACAUUACGAGCAAAUCAAAGGAACAGCAAUGGGCACAAAAAUGGCCCCUACCUACGCUACUCUAACAUUAGGGUAUUUAGAAGAGAUACUAUAUGAGAAAAUCAGUGAUCGGUUUGAUUCAACUACCGCUAUCAACAUUAAACAGAAAUGGAAAAGAUAUCUUGAUGACUGUUUCAUCAUUUGGAAUGUAAACAAUAUGAAUUUAGACAUCUUUUACGACAUUCUAAAUGAGCUUGAUCCCGACAUACAUUUUACUGUGGAGGAGAACCUGGAAAGUAUAUCAUUUCUGGACGUCUUAAUUACUCGAAAUGGAGAGAAACUGACAACUGAUGUAUACUACAAGACGACAGACACACACCAAUACCUCCAUUUCGGUUCAUGCCACCCCAGACAUACUAAGCGUUCAAUACCGUAUAAUUUAUCGAGAAGAAUCUGUACCAUAGUCAGUGAUGAGGAACGAAGGAAGGAACGUCUUAAAGAAUUGAAAGGGUAUCUUUUGGAUCAGAAAUAUCCAUUAGAAAUUAUAGAAGAUGGAAUUAAAAAAGCCGAAGAACUGGACCGUAACCAAUUAAUUAAUCCGCCGUCUACAGACACUACAGAGGAGAAAAUACUUCCUUUCGUUACGACCCACAGUCCAAGAAAUAGAAACAUGACCCCAUUUGUUCAACAUCUCAAUGGAGUUCUUAAAACCGACGAAAAAAUGUCAAAAGUUCUUCAAAAUUUCCAAUUCAUAAAUAGUAAGAGGCAACCGAAGAACCUCCGCCGCUUAUUGUGCAAGUCGCAUUUUCAACAAAAUAAUGUGCACUCAGUCAGCAAAUGCCCUGACCGUCGCUGUGGAACAUGUCCGUACAUAAGAGAAGGAAAUACCUUUAAAAUUGGGCCCAAAGAUUUUAAAGUUAAUGCUAAUAUGUCUUGUGAUUCUAAAAACGUCAUAUAUUGUAUAACGUGUGAAGGAUGUGGACAAUUUUACAUCGGCGAGACUGGAACUACUCUCCGUACCCGUAUCCGAAUCCACAAACAACAUAUUCAACAUCCAGAGUACAGACAGGUCAAAGUUAGUGAACACCUGGACCAAUGCGGUAACGGACAUUUCACCGUGUUCCCCUUUUACAAACUGUUAACCGACAGUACGGUAGAAAGAAGAGAAAAAGAGAAACAUUUUAUUAAGUCUUUAAAACCAACUUUGAACAGUUUAGCAUAG